GGUAGAUGGCGUCAUCACGAAAAAGUGAAAAAGCGAUUUGUGUACCACUCGAUUUCUACACAAAGCAGUGAUUAAAGCUGUAGAAACUCAUUUUUAGCCACGAGAACACCAGUCAAGGCGAUUGAUAGGUAAAUAGAGAUACCCAUUCUACAUCAUCAGAAUCAAGAAUUCACACCACCUCCCCUUCCCCCUGUAAACACAACUCACCCAAGCUUCAAGUGCAUCCAGACAUCUGAUCAUGUGACAACACCGUUGAACUAACCUGGGGGAUUGUGGGUAAUUUAUAUUAUUCUACAGACUGGCCUGAAAGUGUUGCAGCCCUCAAAAUGCUGAUGCGCCCCUUUAAGGAGAGCAGGAUAGCGUGAACGAACAAGGAGGGGAUGAAGAUAACGAGAAAGAAGAUGGCUGUUAUUCGUCUCCACCGUAAGGUCGUCUAUGCGGCCAUUCUUCUCUUGCUCGUCCCGUGCCUGGUGCUCCUCUACUACAGCACUUCAGAACAUGGCGAGGCAUCAAGAGAGAGCAAGAACCUGCUUGGGUUCAACAGCAGAGAGGCCAUCUUAGCAGACAGGGUCAAAGAGAUGGAGCAUGAGAACCAGAUGCUACGCAGGCAGCUCAGUAUUUCCCAGAGUCAACUGCAGCAGACGUAUGAGACGUACCAGCAGGUCUUGGUCGAGAAUAACAAUGUUUCAGGCGACUCUGGCCCUCUAGAGAUGAACCGAUCUCUGCCUGUCAAUUGCGUCAAUGCAGACCCAAUCCCGAAGUGUGAGAGGAUUCACGUAUCGAUUGUUUGUGCCGGUCAUAAUGCUAGUCGUGAUGUCAUCAUCCUCAUCAAAUCAAUCCUCUUCUACCGGAAGAACCCUCUUCACUUUCACUUCAUAUCCGACGAGAUGGGCCAGCUGAUCCUCUCCACUCUCUUCAAGACGUGGGAUGUACCUGGAGUCAAAGUGAGCUUCUACCUCGCAGAAAAUUAUAAGAGUCACGUAGAGUGGAUCCCUAACAAGCACUACUCAGGGCUGUAUGGGUUAAUGAAGUUGCUUCUUAUUGAAAUUUUACCAUCAAAUAUGGAAAAGACGAUAGUCCUAGACACAGACAUCACCUUUGCCAGUGACAUCGCUGAGCUCUGGGGUCUGUUCCAGAGAAUGACUAGUAAGCAGACUCUGGCCCUGGUAGAGAACCAGAGUGAUUGGUACCUUGGGACUCUCUGGAAGAAACACAAGCCCUGGCCUGCAUUGGGUCGAGGGUUCAACACGGGGGUCAUCUUGCUUGACCUUCAGAAGCUGCGUGACCUCAAGUGGAUGCAGAUGUGGCUGUUGACGGCCGAGAAGGAAUUGAUGAGUCAGUUCUCAACAGCACUAGCAGAUCAGGACAUUAUCAAUGCAGUGAUCAAGCAGCAUCCUUACCUGGUCUAUACCCUUCCCUGUGCUUGGAAUGUGCAGCUCAGUGAUAACACCAGGAGUGAGCUGUGUUAUAAGGAGGUCACUGACCUGAAGGCGAUCCAUUGGAACUCCCCCAAAAAGCUGAGGGUCAAGAACAAGCACGUGGAGUUCUUCCGCAACCUUUACCUGACCUUCCUCGAGUAUGACGGCAACCUCCUCCGCAGAGAGCUCUUCGGCUGCACAGACGGCAAAGCUAAUAAUACUCUUCAUGAAAAGUUAAGCAGUCUCGAUGAAGACGAUCAGUGUUAUGAAUUUAGAAGAGAGCAGCUUUUAAUGCACAGAACACAUCUUUACUAUCUAGACUACCAGCUACCUAAAUUCUUGGACACUGAUGUGACGUUGGUUGCCCAGCUCUCUAUGGACAGACUGCAGAUGCUGGAAGCCAUAUGUAAACACUGGGAAGGUCCCAUAAGUUUAGCUCUGUACAUGUCAGAUGCAGAGGCCCAGCAGUUUAUCCGCUACGCCCUCAGCUCAGAAACCCUGAUGGCGAGAAAAAACAUUGGAUAUCAUGUUGUUUAUAAAGAUGGGCAAUUUUACCCAGUGAAUUACCUGCGUAAUACAGCAAUGAGUCAAGUGAAGACGCCAUACAUGUUCCUCAGUGAUAUAGACUUUCUACCCAUGUAUGGACUGUAUGACUAUCUUAGGAAAGCGAUCGGAAUGCUGGACAUGGCCACAUCUAACAAGGCUCUAAUAGUUCCCGCAUUUGAGACGUUACGCUAUCGUCUCAACUUCCCUAAGUCCAAGGCGGACCUCCUGCACAUGCUGGAUAUGGGGACCCUCUUCACCUUCCGCUACCACGUCUGGCAGAAGGGCCACGCCCCAACAAACUUCGCCCGCUGGAGGACCGCCACUACCCCCUAUCAGGUCCAAUGGGAGCCUGACUUUGAACCUUAUGUGGUUGUCAAGAAGGACUGUCCCAAGUAUGAUCCUCGGUUCCUGGGCUUUGGUUGGAACAAAGUCUCCCAUGUAAUGACACUGGAUGCCCAAAGCUAUGAUUUUAUUGUGCUUCCCAACGCUUUCAUCAUCCACAUGCCACAUACACCCAGCUUCGACAUUGCCAAAUUCAGGAGCAGUCAACAGUACCGAACGUGCCUGCAAACUUUAAAGGAGGAGUUCCAGAGAGAUAUGUCGAAAACAUACGGCUUUGCCGCUUUGAAAUACGUUGCAGUGGAAACAUGACAGCGUACACUGUGACAAUCAUAGCUACGCCCCCAUCUCUUUGAAUGGUAUGAACCAGAAACUUUUGAAUAUAGUAUGGAAGACUUGAUACACUACCUUGAGUACUAGUGAGGCUUUUGGAAACAAGUGGAGCUCAUGGCACGAUGACCUGCGUUUGCCAAGAAUGGAAGCAUUUGUCCUUGAACCAAGCUGAUAUUCUGAUGAUGAAUGUAGGUACAUGUAGCUGCAGCUCCUGAUAACAAAGGCAAAGGAGAUUGACAGUGUUGGUCUCGCAGGCCUUCUGGAAGGUUAUCAAAGUUCACAAAGCUGAUGGCCCAUGAGACAAAGAGCUCUUUAGCCUUAGCCUACGGGCGGACGAGGUUGGUGCCGUGGGCCUUCAGGAGACCUACAGGAAGCCUUUGAGAUCGACAACCCACUAGAAUGACAGGAUCAAACUCACAGCCUUCCGAAAGUUUUGGAAAGGUUGACAAGACUGGCCCAUGAGACGAAGAGUCCUUGAGCCCUAGCCUAUGGUUUGUGCCAUGGGCCUUCUUAAAAGUCAUUAGAAUGUCCAGGAGACCUACAAGAAACCUUUGAGAUGGACAACCCACUAGAAUGACAGUGUCAAUCUCACAGCCCUCCAAAAUUUUUCGGAAGGUUUACAAGACUGAUGGCUCACUAGACCAACAGCCAAUGAGACUGAUCUGUCAGUCUAGGAUGUCUUCUGAAAACUUUUCUGAGGGUUCACUUGACCGAUAUUGCAGGCCUUGUGGGCUGUCGGUCUAUAGGGAUGUCCAGGGUUUUUUUCACAAAGACUAAGAUCGACUCUAAGUUGGACUUAACUUUGGCAGGCCGUUCAUGCCAAAUGUUUUCUCUCACCAUUUACUGGCAUUGGUUUCUCAAGGGGCGUACAAAUCAUGGUAACAAAGAGGAAGCCCUCGUAGACAUAUCUGUUCUUAAUGGUCACUGGUGAUGAGAACCUGGGCCCUGUUUCAUAAAACUUGUUAUCAAUAACAAGUUACAAGCUACUGUUAUAAGCUACUGAAAUCAUGGCAUCUGAUUGGCUGAGAGCAAAUUUGUCAUAACAAUUUCGCAGUUCUCAUAGAUAAAAAGUUUUAUCAAACAAGCCCCUGCUCUGGCCGGCCUUGGUGGGUGAAGGAAUUUCCAACUUCAUCACAUGCGUCUAGACUUUGGUUAAAAGCUUAUUUAUUGCAUUUCUUAUGUUAAAAGGCAUUAUGUUAGAAGAAUUAUGUAUUAUGGGGUUCAGGAAUCAUUAAAAUUUGGAUAAAAAC